AUCAAUGCACUCUGUGGUAGAUACCUACUUUGACUGCGAAUAAUAAUUUAAUAAGGAUAAAGGAAUUAUUUUUGAACACACACAGCACCGAAUAGAUAAUUUUACUACCCCAUUGUGCUUAUAAAAUGAUAUUGUGCUCAAAAAAAAAUAUUAUAAAGCUGCGACGGUUGGAAUGUCUUCUUCUAGUAAUAUUUCUCAAUCAGCGUAUUCCCCGUCAGAACCUGAAACUCCACAAGUUAGUUCCAACCGAAAUCUGUAUCGAAUACGAUUGAAUUAACUAGUGCUGAUCACAAAGAAAAUAUGUUUAGCACUACAUACUAUUCACUACUGCUACUAGUUACUACUACGUUACGAUUCUAAAAAUCAUUCCCUAAGGAACUCACAAAUACAGAGUAGAAUUCUUAAUUUUGAUCAAUCACUAAACCACAGUGAUCUUGGCCACAGCUUUGAGCAGUCAUUAAAAAAUGCUCACAAGGAGUUGCACCAAAAACGUAUACAAGCACUACGAAAAGAACUUGACUAUUUAAAAGCUACAGAAUGGAAGUUCGAGUAUGACAAAGGCUUUGUACAAUAGCUUUUUAAGUUUGACUAUUUUUAUCAGUACAUUGGCAAAUAACUAAGAGAUGUUCUCAUACAUUACUUCAUUUAUUAAUUACUUAUUGGGCAAGGAGCAUUAUGAAGAAAGUGAUGAAGAGAAAGAAAAAUUCUUAGCAGAGCAGCUGUUCGCUCUCGAGCUAAAAGCUGAACAAGAAACAAUAGCCCCAGCAUCAGCAUCAGAUGCAGAAAUACCUAGUAAUGCAGAAUGUUUCCAAAAAACAGGUGUUAUAACUUACUACAGUGAUAACUAUGUGCUUAUUGAUGGCAUGUUUUACUAUGAUUUGUCUGGAUGUACUGUAGAAGUGAAUGUUAAUGACAAAGUACUGUAUUUAGGUUAUAAAGAUGCUAACAACGCUAUUGUAGUUGUAAGAAUUUUACAAAAUGAAGGUCUGUUUUGGGGUGAUGAUGACACUGAAAGUGAAGAAAAGAUUUUUAAUGUAAUAGAACAUGUUUUAGUUGGCCAAGUUGAAUAUAGGCAAGAUCGGUUAGUGUUUAUCAAAGAGAGUGAUUUGAAAUUCAACUUAGAUGGAGUAACAGGUACUUUUGUUCCUAUAAAAGGGGAUUGGAUUGAAAUGAAAUGCUCUGUACAACAAGAUGUUAAUAAGCCUUCUGAUAUGUCUACAAAUCAGGUAUUGAAGGUGAUAUGUUUUAAUCCAAUAAGAACUAAAGUCAAGAAAGCAGUUGUUACCUACUGGUCUGGGACAGAUGGUGUUUGUGACAGGCAAAUUUAUUUCAAUAACGCUGUUAUAGCGAAUGGCAGUCAACCUACUGUUGGAUCAAAGGUACUAGUUGAGGCAGUUGAAAGUACUCAAGACAGAUGCAAUUGGAGAGCAUUAAAAUUAAUAGUUAUUGAAGGUCGAUCACCUAAAUCAUCACAGACUGAGUUACCAACUGAAGAACAAACAAGUUUAAAGAUAGAAAACGAAAAACAAUUAGAAAUGACUUACCCUUUAAAAUUUGAAAAAGUCAAUUUUCAAUGCACAGAAAAGAUUUUGUUAAAUAUUAGUAACAGAAGUAAUCAGAUUUACAUUUUGUAUAAAUGGAUUGUGCUUAGUAGUAAAAGAGACUCACAGAUAAACAUUAAACCUUUUGUGAAUCAAGAAAUAAGCAUAAACCCAGGGCAAACAAUUUCUUUCACAAUUACAUGCCACCCAAAAUUCUUAGGAAAUACAAAAGAAUCUUUUGUAGUUCUGUUUAAAGGGUUUCAAUUGAAAAGGUUAAUUGAAAUAAAUGUAGUUGACACUUCAAAUACUAUGAAUGAUGUCAUUCAUAGUUAUAGUCCAAACCACACUUCCAAAAAUAUUGAAAUUAUGAAGGAAGUAAGAAAAAAUGUCAAGAAUUAUAUUCCAGGAGAAAGAAUUAGUAAAAUGCCUAAUUUCGUUGCAGUAAAGAUAGGUCAAUUUCCUGUUCCAGAUAAGAUUUGGUCCGUUAUUGUUGGGGAUUCGGUGGAAACGUUUUGUACUAACUUUGAAAAAAUGUUAUCGAACUUUGAAAGUAAAUUUCCAUGCUUGGCACAAGAAUUAAAUAUUGCCAAUUACAUUGAUAGAUGGCAUACACUUCUAUAUAUCCAUGAGGCUGAUGAAAACAUAAACAUGAGGGCUUAUGAUAAAAGUAAAGUUUACUUGAACCACUGUGAUGAGUACCUAAGUCUUGAAAUACCUGGACUAGCCGAAAAAAGACCAUCCCUGAUUAUAGGUGAUAAAGUUCUAGUUACAGAUACAUGGAGCUCUGAUUCUCCACCGUUUGAGGGCUACAUUCAUGCUGUCCGUGGGAAUUUUAUUCUAAUGAAAUUUAACUCCCUAUUUCAUGAAUCUUAUGGUGGUAGUGAUGUUUCAAUACAAUUCCAUACAAGUCGAAGCAAUUACAAAAGAAUGCAUCAUUCCAUCAAUUUGGCAUUAUCUUGUUUGGGACCAGAAAUUUUAUUUCCAUCUCAUCUUAUUAUAAAACCACAACAGAUUCCGGAUGAAAAUUUGAAUAAAAUUGAGUGGUAUAAUGAAAGUUUAAAUAAAAUCCAAAAAAAUGCUGUUAUUAGUAUACUAAAAGGUGAAUGUCGGCCGAUGCCAUAUAUUGUUUUUGGCCCACCAGGUACUGGAAAGACUGUAACAGUUAUAGAGACUAUUUUACAGAUAUUGAGAUGUGUUCCUGAAAGUAGAAUUUUGGUUGCUACUCCGUCUAAUAGUGCCUCUAAUUUGAUAACCGAGAGACUUAUACAAUACAAAGAGAAAUUUACAGGUUCUGUCAUGAGGCUCAUUGCAUUUCAUUUAGUAGAUUCUGAUAGUAUACCAGAUAUUAUAAAACCAUAUUGUGCCACUCUUGAUAUUGCGGUAGAAAAUACAUCAAAGAGUAAGCAUUAUGUUAAAGAUAAAAUAAAUAUAAACUGCUCAAAAUCCUUUAUAGGGAGACACCGCGUGACGAUAGGUACGUGUAAUGGUCUUGGAAUUUUAAAAUAUAUAAACUUGCCUCAAGGUCAUUUUACGCAUGUAAUAGUAGACGAAGCAGGACAAGCAACAGAACCUGAAAUAAUGGUACCGCUGACCUUUACAGACAAGGACUAUGGGCAAAUUAUUCUGGCUGGUGAUCCAAUGCAGCUGGGUCCAGUCGUUUUAUCUAAGUAUUGCAAAGAAUUUGGUAUGGAUGAAUCAUUUUUGUUAAGAGUUCUUGAUAGAUUUCCUUAUCUCAAAGAUUACGAUGCGAAUUUAGAUGGCUUUGACAAAAGACUUGUUACCAAACUAAAUGAUAAUUAUAGGUCAUUGAAAGAAGUUUUAACAUUGCCCAGUGAAAUGUUUUAUGAUGGCACACUUGUUGCUAAAAUAGACAAAAGUUUUAAAUGGACUAGUAAAUUGAUUAAUGCAACUGCUGAAAUUUUUGAUUCACAAAGUUAUGACGGAGGCAUUUUUGUAUUUGGUAUUAAGGGUCUUAAUAUGAGAAGUGAAGAAAGCCCUUCUUGGUACAAUCCGCAAGAGGCUUCAAUGGUCGCUCUCACCGCAUGUAAACUUUACAAAAGAAAAGUGACAGCCGAUGAAAUAGGCAUUAUCACUCCAUACGUAGCACAGACAAAAUAUUUACGCGUUCUGUUUGAUUCUAUGGGUUUGCCUCAACCGAAAAUAGGAACAGUUGAAGAUUUUCAAGGACAAGAAAGGGCUAUUAUACUUAUUUCAACUGUAAGAUCUAGCGAGUCAAUAAUACAAGAAGAUAUGAAGCGUUACCUGGGAUUUUUAAACUGUCCAAAACGUUUAAAUGUCGCACUAACAAGAGCGCAUAUUUCAUCAAUAAUUUACUGCAAUCCACAUUUAUUGAGUACAGAUCCUUUGUGGCAUAGAGUCAUAACCCAUGCAGUUGCAAAUGAUAAGUAUAUGGGCUGUGACCUACCUAGUGUUUAUGAUAAUAUAAUUAAGUUUUAACAGUAAUUCCCUAUGUCUAAGAAUAAAAGUUUUUAAUCUGUA